CAGACCCCGCGCUAUGACCGCGGCCGCCGCCUCCAACUGGGGGCUGAUCACGAACAUAGUGAACAGCAUAGUAGGGGUCAGUGUCCUCACCAUGCCCUUCUGCUUCAAACAGAGCCCCCCAGCCUGUGGAUGAGCAUGGUUUAGGGUGCCUGUGGGAGUCAUUGACCCGCCUUGGCUGGUGAGCAGGUCGCCGGAGGACAGGGACUGUGCUGGCAGUUGUGGAAGGCCACGCUGGCGGCUGCUGGAGCACCCGGGGCAACAUCUGUGUCUGGACAUCGUGAAUUCCCACCAAGCUGACCACCUGUGGGUGUUUCUGGAAGGACUACGGGUCCCAGGGUGCAUUGCGGCUGGCCUGGCACAGAACUGCAUCCUGGGAUGUGUAGUUAGCUGAUUGUGCAUCCUUGAGUCCGGUGCUGCGAUCCCUGAUGCUCGUUUGGGAAGUGCCACCGCGGUGGGGCUGUGGUGUAGAGGCCUGUGAAAUGUGCUUUCAGGCCCAGCGGAUUCGGCUGUCCACAGACUGAGUGCCUUCUGUGUGGUGGGCACAACGCCCCUGCCCGAGCAUUUAAACGGGUGCUGGACUGACUUGCCCAGGAAGAGCUUCGUGCUGGAGGCCCGCGUGCAAGCAGAGAACUGGAAGUGGUUCACCCUGUCCCGAGGGCCUGGCAGAGUUGGGAUGGCCACUCCCACGUGGACUCAGCAUCUUCUCCAUGGGAAACACAGCCUGAGGCCAACGGGCAAUUUGGGGAUGUGUGUUUUUAGUGUCUGGCAGCCAUGUUGUUUAAAAAAAGUUUCGGUUUUGGGUUUUUUGUUUGUUUGGUUUUAAUAAUUUUGGUAGUUAAAAAAAUGUUAGCAUUUUAUUGAAGUAUAACAUGCAUACAGAAAAGUGCACACAACUGAGGUGUACUCUUGGUGAGUUUUCACAAAGUGAACAAACAUGUACCAGCUCCCUCAUUAAGGAGCACAGCAUCGCCACAGCCGUCCAGGCCCCGCCUCCCUCCCCAAGGGCCCACAUCCCACCUCCAGCUCCGUAGAUCCGUGUUGCCUCGUUUUUAACUUUGUGUAAAUGGAGUCAUACUGUACGUAUGGUUUCGUGUCUGGCUGGUAUUCAUCGUGUGGACGUGCUACAGAGUGCUUAUUCUUUACCUUUGCUGGCACACGUGCGGUUUCCCACCGUGGAGCUCUUAGGAACACAUGGGCACAGGCUCUGACCACACGUUUGCGUUUCUGUUGGGUAUUUAUCUUUGAGGAGAAUAGCUGGCUCGUAUGAUCUGUGCACCAGCAGAUACUAGUAGGACAUUUGGGUCGUUUCUUCAGUUUUGGGAUUAUGGAUAAACCUGCUGUAAACAUUGGCUUGCAGGUUUUUGCAUGAACACAUGUUUUCAUUUCUCUUGGGUAAAUACCUAGGAGUGCAAUUGCUGGGUCAGAUGGUGAGCGUAUGUUUAACUUAUAAGAAAGGCAUAAAUGUCAUUUUUAAUCUCUUCCUUUCAGAAUGUGUUCACCACUUGUAGCUGUCGAUCCACGUGGCUAGAAGGUGGCCCCCUGUAGGGCGCGCGGAGGUCCGGGGAGACUAGUUGGCAGCACCGUGGUGUUCACAGGACUCUCGAAGGGCCGGGAGGGGGAUGGUGUUCCUGCUGCUCUUUCAGGAUGAGGCACAAGUUUAAGGCCCCGGGACAAAGUGUGUGGCCACCACAUCCAGGAAAUUGGUCCCUUUCCAUGCUAGGAAUUGUCACCCUUAGACAGGGGAGUGAGGCAGAGCUGGGCCGUGUGUCUGCAAGGGGCGGGGAAGCGGGGACGACUGUCCUAAGCCACAGACGUGCUGGUCAGCGUGUGAGGAACAGACACUGAGUAGUUUAUUUUGUCAACAUCUCGUUUUCUUUCAACCCUCUAGUGUGGCAUCGUCCUGGGGGCCCUGCUCUUGGUUUUCUGUUCUUGGAUGACGCACCAGUCCUGCAUGUUCUUGGUGAAAUCCGCCAGCCUGAGCAAGCGGAGAACCUACGCUGGCCUGGCAUUGCACGCCUACGGAAAAGCAGGGAAGAUGCUGGUGGAGACCAGCAUGAUCGGGCUGAUGCUGGGAACCUGCGCUGCCUUCUACGUUGUGAUUGGUGACUUGGGGUCCAACUUCUUUGCUCGGCUGUUUGGGUUUCAGGUGACCGGCACCUUCCGUGUGCUCCUGCUCUUUGUGGUGUCCUUGUGCAUCGUGCUUCCACUCAGCCUGCAGAGGAACAUGAUGGCCUCCAUCCAGUCCUUCAGCGCCAUGGCCCUCAUCUUCUACACUGUUUUCAUGUUUGUGAUUCUGCUCUCCUCUCUCAAGCACGGCCUCUUCGGGGGGCAGUGGCUGCAGCGGGUCAGCUACGUGCGCUGGGAUGGCAUCUUCCGCUGCAUCCCCAUCUUCGGCAUGUCCUUUGCCUGCCAGUCCCAGGUUCUACCCACCUACGACAGCCUGGACGAGCCCUCGGUGAAAACCAUGAGCUCCAUAUUUGCCUCCUCCCUCAAUGUGGUCACCACCUUCUACGUCAUGGUGGGCUUCUUCGGCUACGUGAGCUUCGCCGAGGCCACCGCGGGCAACGUGCUGAUGCACUUCCCCUCCAACCUGGUAACCGAGAUGAUCCGAGUGGGCUUCAUGAUGUCGGUGGCAGUGGGCUUCCCCAUGAUGAUCCUGCCCUGCAGACAGGCCUUGAACACGCUGCUUUUUGAGCAGCAGCAAAAAGACGGGACCUUUGCCGCUGGCGGCUACAUGCCCCCUCUGCGGUUUAAAGCGCUCACUCUCUCGAUUGUGUUUGGAACCAUGGUUGGUGGAAUCCUGAUCCCAAAUGUGGAGACGAUCCUGGGCCUCACGGGCGCGACGAUGGGAAGCCUCAUCUGCUUCAUCUGCCCGGCUCUGAUCUAUAAGAAAAUCCACAAGAACGCCCUUUCCUCCCAGGUGGUGCUGUGGGUCGGUGUGGGCAUCCUGGUGGUCAGCACAUACAUCACCCUGUCCGUGAAUGAGGAGACCCCCAUGGACUUGGCAAAGGAAGCCCCUGGCAACCCGCUUGGAGAGGCCGAGGGUGCCAUGAAGGUGGAGGUGGCCCGGCUCCCAGGCCAGAAUCCAGUUGUGGACGUAGCCGGGGAUGGCCGAGAGAAGCCGAAGCUGCCACGUGAGAAAGAUGAGAUGGAGCAGGCCCAGAUUAAAGGCCCCGUGAACGUGCCCCAGAGGGAAGACGCCGAGGAGAAGCAGGAGGAAGUGCAGCUGGAUCGGCCCGGGCAGGGCGUUGCGGUACCUAUGGGUGAGGCCCACCGCCACGAACCCCCCGUCCCUCAUGACAAGGUCAUGGUGGACGAAGGUCAAGACCAAGAAGGACCAGAGAAGGAACAUCCAUCCAAACACAUGAAUGAAAAGGCUCCUGGGGGCAAGGGUCAGAGGGAGCCUCCUCUGCCGGAUUCAGAGAGAGGGAGACCUGGACAGGACCAGGCCUUGGAGGCAGCAGGUGGUCUUCCUGAAGAGCCUCAGAAGGUUCCAGAAGAAAACGGCCAGCCAGCUGUCGAGCCUGUGAAGAAGGAGCUGGGGCCAGGCGACAGGGGUGUGCACUUACAGCCCCAGGCGGUGCCCCCCGAGGAGCAGGAUACCCUGGUGGCAGUUGCCAGGGAGAGAGCAGACAGUCUCCCCCUGCCAGUCCAUGCCGCGGGGGCCAUGGGCCAGCCGGCGGAGAAGAACGAGCCUGGUGGGAAGGCUCCCCUCCCGGUGGGUGCCGGGCCGCAGGCAGAGCUGCGAGAGCAGAAGAACGUGGAGGGGCAGGUCGGAGAGCACGCUGGCAGCAAGUUGGAGGCUGAAAUCAAAAAGAUAGUGGCAGAAGCUGGCAGGGCAGAGAUGCUGGACCACGCCGUCCUGUUGCAAGUGAUAAAAGAGCAGCAGGUGCAGCAGAAGCGCCUGCUGGACCAGCAGGAGAAGCUGCUCGCAGUGAUCGAAGAGCAGCACAAGGAGAUCCACCAGCAGAGGCAGGACGGCGAGGAGGUAGAUGCACAGCCCGAGCCUGGGGUGGCUGCAGCCAGAGGUAAGGAGCAGGAGGCCCACGACGGAGGAAUGGUGGAGCAGCCCCCCUUGCGGCCUUUGGAACCAGUACUCGGAGCUCCUGGGCAUCCACCUGCUCCGCCCCAGGGGCACGGCCAGCGCUCUGUGGAGGAGCCCGAGGGGGCUGCAGGCAGAGCCCGAGCUGGUCCUCCCGGCGGUGGGGGCGCUGACAAGGAGCCCCAGGCAGCCCAGGCUGAGCUGAGGGAAGGUCGGCAGGGCGCUGUCCCCGAGGCGGCCGGUGCUGGUGUGCAGGAGCGGGUCCCCGUGCCAGACCCUGCCGGGGUGCCCAGGAGCCCAGGGGAGCGCAACGCUGGGGAAUCCCCCAGGCAGAGUCGGCACGCUUUUGGUGGAGGCUCCCACGAAAGGAAGAAAUCUGGAAAGGAGGCAGCAGCUGCUGGUGCUGACAGUCAAGCUGCAGAUGUGUUGGGGGCAGGGGCAGAGAUUGGGGACCGUCACGUGAAGCCCCAACAAGUGGGCCAAGACCGGGGACCUGCAGGCCUGUCCAGCAGGUCAGGAGGAGCAGCCCCUCGGGCCCAGGCCGAGUUACGUCAGCCAGAGCACCGGGCUGUCUCUGCCGGGGGUCAGGGCGCACAGCAGGGCGGUCACGCAGAGGUGGGACAGAAGACCCUCGGCAGGGACCAUGUGCCUGCUCCCGGGGAGGAUACUGCUGUCCAAGAGCCUGAGCAGAGGCCAGACCCUGAGCUGGGGCCCAAGCCAGCCGUCCCCGGUGCUCAGAAGCCAGACAAUGCCAAACCCAACCGAGACCUGAAAGUCCAGGCUGGCUCCGAUCUUCGGCGGAGACGGCGGGAGGCGGCUCCUCUUGCAGAGGCAGGGCCAGCUUCGAAGGACAGGGUCAUCACCAGCUUUAACCCCCUGCCUGAUGUGCAGGUCAGCGACCUCCGUAGUGCCCUGGAGAACCAGCUCCACCAGGCCGCAGGGGGUGCUUUGCGAGUGGUCCACAGCCGCCAGAUCAAACAGUUGCCCCCGGCCCUGGAGGAGCCCUGAGCGCCCACUGAUGGCCACCAUUCUGGUCAGCUGGUCUCCCCUGGCAUGCCCAGGCCACCAGCAGACCUGGACCACGGUGGGCACCGAAUUCUGGAGGUCACGCUCCGUUGAAGCCUGAAAGAUGUUUAGCUGCAGCCUCGUUUUCCAGAAUGGUUUUUGCCAUCACUGUGGCACCUCUGUAACUCCCCCAGGUGACUGAGCUUACCACGGCCAGGAGGAGAAACGGCUGCUCUGAGACUCUGAGGAGAUGUGGCAUCUGUAGGGCCUUGAGGUCUGUGACCUGCCACCUCUGCUCUCUCUGAGACAGGUGGGUCCCGUGCAGCUGGGGGAGCGGCCGCCGUCACUGAGCGGGAUCAUGCGAUUGAGGUGUCGGUGCCCUCAAGUGCGGGCACAGUCCCGGCACAUGGGCUGCUCUGAGGACCAGCCAUCCGGCCCCAAGUGUCCAGUUACUCCGAGUUUUAACUCUUUAUCUAAGGUUGUCUACAAGUGUGGUAGAAAACCUUAACAAACAUUCGCCCUCACUCUGCUCCGUACCCCAGGGGCGCGGGUGUCAGAAAGCUGCUGGCGCCUGCUCACCUCCACCUCUUCGUGGUCUGCUCCACUCGCCACAUGCUCCGUGGGUCCCAGUCACGUUAUUGAGAUUAAAAAAAAUACCACCACUGA